ACCUAACACAUUUUCAUACAACCAAUAAUUUUUCACUAGUCCGAACAUUACGCUUAUCUUUCAUGAUGUUCUACCCACACCAAUUCCCCAAUAACGACCGCAAUUUCGAGCCAAACAUGCCUCUGAAACAUGAGAGCCCACGCAAGAAGCACAUCGACCACACAAAGGAAGAUCUCAUCCACAAAAACAGAAGCAAUUUCGAAAUCACCGUCGAGGUCAAGGACGAGUUGUCCUACUUGCGUUUCUACAGCAAUAUUAGGGCCAAUGUCAGAAACUCACCAGAAGUAGCAAAGUAUUUGGUUCUUGACUACUUGCCAUUGGACUAUGAUGCACAACUUGAAUACACUCAAAAAGUACGGGAUGCCGAGGAUUGUUGUCUCGACGACCACCAUGGUAACCUUUACUUGAACCAGCAAUUGAUGCAAGCCGUAGCACCGGAAUUGCUCCAUUUGGUUUCUUUCAACUACACCUUCAACUGCAACUUCGAAGCCCUCAAGCAGUACUUCAAUGCCAGGAUCAAUGCCUUUUUCUUGUUAAGUUUGGAAAACAAACUUGAUUUCGAUUCAUCUCGUGUCCUACAAUUCCUCAUUGACUUGGACACUAUCAGCAAGGUGUACAAGUUCAUCUUCAGGGAAGACCCUAAUCAUCAGUUGAAAUUGCAAUGGAUCAUGAAUGCCAUCAGCAAAGACAAACUGAAUGCUGGUAUAUUACUUGAUAUACAGCUGAAAUGGGAGAAGAUCAACUUGGAUCCAAUGUAUAUCAGAAGACUUUUGACGUCUUAUUCCAAUCUGCGUUGGAAGAAGAAGUAGUCCGCUGAAACGACCCAUUUUGUAAUCUUUUCUUGCAUCUACCUGUACUAUAUGUUUACAUUUAAUAAUAACGAAUUUAAGGUAAGUUGGGUUGUAGUUGCCAGUGUCAUAGUCUACUAGGGCAAUUCGUCAAAAUUAAAACAAAGGAUUCAGGAGAGGUCAUUAGUUAACCGCUUCUUCUUGGAAGUGGUAGCUGAGACUAUUAGACCCUUGUAGAUAAGCAAUGAGUGCAAGGGCACAUAUUUUUGUAAGGGUUACCGAUUAUACUUGUAAUUGAACAGGGAAAAUGAAUUAGAGGCUGAGUCUAACUCUCAGAGAUACUCCAGAAAUUGAAUUAUUAGACAACCAGGACACGUUAACCAUUUAGUUGACGAAACCUAAAUUGCAUACGUCUCCUCUUAAUGGUGUAGAUUGGCAAUUAAUAAGGCUGCGAAAAACUGUUGAUGAGAUGUUAAACGAUGAUUCAAGCCCUUGGUAACACGAAUAUGAAACAUAAAUGGGGAACACGUUCUUUCUCGGUCAAUUGUAGCCUCCUAAUUAGGAAUCCAAUGUUCGACAUGACCCCUGUUUAAGCUACGAGAUAAGAUUGCAAAAUGUGGAGAUCUUGGUUAUCAUCCUUUGUGUAGUCCCAAAUAGGAAAAUUGUAACUGAGACAUAAAUCAAACUG